UCUACGAAUUCUUAAUUGGAGAACCCCACAAAGAUGGUUAUCUGUAACGACCCUAAGUACCUGGCAUAAAGAAGUCUCACAAAUUGAGACUGAAGCCGGAAUAUAUAAGGCUUCACAAUGUUCACAGUAUGGAAUCCUUGUAGAUGAAUCAACUCGUGAAGAAAAUAAAUAUUUCGUUGUAUAUAUAAUGUUCUGGGAUCAUAAAAAAAACAUUCCAUCAGUAAUUGUAACCAAUCUUGAGGAUUUACAUAACUGUACUGGUCAAUCA